AUGGGCCGUCGAAUCAUCUCUGGUGGCUGUCACUUAGCGGAGCAGAAAAACGACGACUUUGCGGCUCUCUAGCGGCUAUCACCUAAUAGAGAGGAGCUGGAUGGAGGUGGGGCACGUGUUAGGAAGCUUCAUCCUUAGGUUUGCACAACAAGAGGAGGCUCUUCAUCGUAUUUGGUAUGUUCUCAAGAGGUGGCGACUCGUCUCCUGAUGGAUUGUCCUCUUCCCUACGAUGGCUUGUUCGUCGAUCAAUUGGAGAUGCUUUACUCGAUGGAUUCGCGAUCUUUUUAUUGUGAAUUGUUCAACAAUUUUAGUAACAAUGCUCUACAAAUCAUGUUGAUGAGAUUUUCACCGAUGAUCUAGUAAUUCUAGUUGCUUAAACCUUCACCAGCGAUCUGUAGGAAAGUUAUGAUAAUUAAAUAAAAAAAUAUAAAUUUUUGCUCUAGGAGGAUUCAAACCCAUACUAGUUGCCUGCCCCUUCUAAGGAAGGAGACGCAGGUUUAGUCCCACAUCAGUUGUGUGCCGAAUUUUUGGGCAAAUAUAUACUAAUGUUAGAUAUCUAAGCAAGUCCCUUUCUCAGGUGUGUAUGACCACUCCUUACCCCAUAAUCGGCUAGCCACCAGUGACAUAGAAGGGGGGUGGCGGACACGUGCCCCUUCGGUCUAAGCCGCUCGAGCUCCUACUCACGGCUACUCCCCGACUAUGCUUCCGACUUGCUUGCAAGCCUAGCUGGCCGGCGGAUCCCCCUCAUUUUGUUUUAUCUUUACUUCUUUUUCUUUAUUUAUCUCAAAAGUAAGACUGUAAAAAUCAUAAAAAAUCACAUAAUUACCCAAAAAUUCAUGUUAAUCAAUUGAAAACCACUUUUCACACUUUAACACAAAUAUAAGUCUAUUUAUCAUGAGUUAAGGCUAAAACUAUGCUAUUUACUAAUUAUUAACUUAUGAUAAUUAAGACAUCAACUACAAAGUCGUCAUUUUUUCACUCUGCUGAGUGACAGCCACCGGAGACGAUUCAUCGACCCAUUUCAUUGAUCUCUAGACUUCGCAAGGAGAUAUAGAGAUUGCCCAUGUCGUCUUUGUCCAAGGAGAGCCUUUGAGACUAUGGACACUACACGAUGAUCCUCCUAAAUGUUCAGGAUUUCAGUGUAUCGUCAACACAUUGCCGCCGCAAUACUGGAACUUUAUUUUCCUACUUUCAACUUACUUUUCACUUUAUUUAGUGCUAAUUUGUGUGAUUUAAAUUUACCAAGAUAUACUUCAUUCAAUUACGAUUCUUCUGUGUUUUACAAAUCUUAAUUUGAUCAAUUAAAUCAUCUAUAAUCACUUACGUAAGAAUCACUAGGUAGAACUCUAUUUCUGCCCCAUUUGCAUUCACUAGGUGCUGACAUCAUCCUAAUGUAUGCACCCUUAUUUCCCUUUUUUGUGAAUUUUAAAUAUAUUUUAUUUUCAUUUCCUAGUAUAAAAUUCAUAGAAAAUAGUAUUCUUUGAGGAAAAUUUUAAAUAUUUAUCAGAUAUUAUAUUAUAUCCCUAUGAUCGAUCUAGAAAAUUACCACUAUUUUUAGUAUUUUUAUUGAAUUAUAAUUGAUAUAUUUGUUUAAAAAUAUUUCUAAAUAUCUGAAAAUUCAUAUUUUCUAGUUUUAUAACUUUUAAAUUUAUGUGAUUUUCUAUACAACGACUAAGUCACAUUACUAGCCUUUUAAGAAAAUAAGGAUAUCAAAAGCAACAAAGCAAAGUAAAAUAAAUGAAAGAAAACAAGAAGCUAUUUAUAACUAAAUGGUCCUCGUGCUCAAAAUAUAAUCUAAAGGUGGUCAGGAGGAGGAUUAUGAAGGUCUUCUAAAGUAAGAGAUGGUUGAAGUUCAAACUCUAUAUAUGAUUUUAAUCGUUGACCAUUCACCAUGAAUUCUUUGCCACAAUCAGAGUUUGUAAUCCUAAUUGCCCCAUUUUCAUAAGCUUCAAGGAUCACAAAAGGGCCAUCCCAUCUAGACCUUUUUUUUUUUUUGGGGAUAACUGAUAAGUCUUCAUUAUCAUGAGUUAAUAAUUAGUAAAUAAUAUAGUUUUAGCCUUAACUCAUGAUAAAUAGACUUAUAUUUGUGUUAAAGCAUGAAAAGUGGUUUUCAGUUGAUUAACGUGAAUUUUUGGGUAAUUAUGUGAUUUUAUACGAUUUUUACAGUCUUAGUUUUGAGAUAAAUGAAGAACAAGAAAUAAAAAUAAAAAUAUUGCAAAAUGGGAGGAUCCGCCGGCCAGCCGGGCCCGCAAGCGGGUCGGAAGUGCAGUCGGGGAGUAGCCACGAGCAGGGGCUCGAGCGGCUUGCUUGGAUCGAUAGGGGCACGUGUGCACCACUCCCCUUCCACGUCACCGGUGGUCAGCCAGCUGUGGGGCAAGGAGUGGUCGUACACGCGAGAGGACUUUGCCUAGAAAGCUAACUUUACUAUAUAUUCGCCCGAAUAAUCCGCGCACAACCGAUGUGGGACUAAAUCCACCUUGUUCAGGGGGCGACCGCCGCAGGUUCGAAUCCUCCCAGAGUCAAAAUUCAUAUAUUUUUAACUGAUUAUCGUGACUUUCCUGCAGAUCGCCGGUGAAGGAUUAAGCAACCGGAAUCGCUGGAUCAUCAGCAAAAAUCUCGUCAACGCGAUUCGCGGAGCAUUGCUACUAAAAUUUCUGAACGAUUCACGAUAAAAGGAUCGCAAUCCAUUGAGUAAAUCAUCUCUGAUUGAUCGACGAACAAGCCGUCGUCGGGAAGAGGACGAUCCGCCGGGAGACCAGUCGCCACCUCCUGAGAGCGUACCAGAUGCGAUGAAGAGCCUCCUCUUGCUGCGCGGACCUGAGGAUGAAGCUCCCUAACACGCGCCUCACCUCCAUCCAGCCCCUCUCCGUCGGGUGACAGCCGCCGGAGAGCCGCAAAGUCGCCGUUUUUCCGCUCCGCCGGGUGACAGCCGCCGGAGACGAUUCGACGACCCACUUCAUUGGUCUCUAGACUUUGCGAGAAGAUCUAGAGAUUGCCCACGUCGUCUUUGUCCAAGGAGAGCCUUCGAGGCCGUGGACACUACACGACGACCCUCCCGAACGCUCAGGAUUCUGGUGCAUCACCGACGCGUCGCCGUCGCGACGCCGGAACUCUGUUUUCCUGCUUUAUCUAGAGAUUGCCCACGUCGUCUUUGUCCAAGGAGAGCCUUCGAGGCCGUGGACACUGCACGACGACCCUCCCGAACGCUCAGGAUUCCGGUGCAUCGCCGACGCGUCGCCGUCGCGACGCCGGAACUCUGUUUUCCUGCUUUAUCUAGAGAUUGCCCACGUCGUCUUUGUCCAAGGAGAGCCUUCGAGGCCGUGGACACUGCACGACGAUCCUCCCGAACGCUCAGGAUUCCGGUGCAUCGCCGACGCAUCGCCGUCGCGACGCCGGAACUCUGUUUUCCUGCUUUCAAUUUAAUUUACGCUUCAUUUAGUGAUACUUUGUUGAUUUUUAUUUACCAAACUAUACUUCGUUCAACUACGAUUCUUCCGACUUUUACAAAUCUUAAUUUGAUUAAUUGAGUCGUCUGUAAUCGCCUACGUAAGAAUCGUCGGGCGGAACUCUGUUUCUGCCUGAUUCGCGUUCGCCGGGCGCUGACGUCAUCCUGACGUCCGCACCCUUAUUUCCUCUUUUUUUUGUGAAUUUUAAAUAUAUUUCCUUUUUAUUUCCUAGUAUAAAAUUCGUAAGAAAAUCGUACUCAUUGAGAAAAAUUCUGAAUAAUUACCAGAUAUUAUAUUACAUCCUUGUGAUCGACCUGGAAAAUUACCACUAUUUUUGGGAUUUGUAUUGAAUUAUAAUUGAUAUAUUUAUUUUGAAAUACUUCUAAAUAUCUGAAAAUUCGUAUUUUCUAGUUUUAUAAAUUUUAUAUUUGCGUGAUUUAAUAUACAAUGACUAAGUCACGUCAAUAACUGUCUUGGGCCGAACUUCUUGGGAGGUCACCCAUCUUGGUACUUCACACGCCCAAGCACUUUUGGUACCUCUCAGGCACAUUCUUUGGAGAUAGAUGCUACUAGCGCCUCUCGACAUCGUGGCAAGGGUUCCUUUCAGCAUGUUCUUUGGAGCUGGGGGCGUCUUGGCAUGGUGAGAUGGACGCCACAUAUGCCUCUUGGCAUAAUGGCAAGGGUGCCUCUCGGUGCGUUCUUUGAAGUUGUGGGUGGUGGUGCCUCUUGGCACGUUCUUCGAAGCUAGGGGCGUCUUAGCAUGGUGAGAGAUGGAUGCCACAUAUGCCUCUCGGCAUGGUGGCAGGUGACGUGACUCAGUCGUUGUAUAUUAAAUCACGCAAAUAUAAAAUUUAUAAAACUAGACAAUAUGAAUUUUCAGAUAUUUAGAAGUAUUUCUAAAUAAAUAUAUCAAUUAUAAUUCAAUAAAAAUCCUAAAAAAAGUAAUAAUUUUCCAGGUCAAUCAUAGGGAUGUAAUAUAAUAUCUAGUAAUUAUUCAGAAUUUUUCUCAAUGAAUACGAUUUUCUUAUGAAUUUUAUACUAGGAAAUAAAAAGGAAAUAUACUUAAAAUUCACGAAAAAAAAGGAAAUAAGGGUGCGGAUGUCAGGAUGAUGUCAGCACCAGGCGAACACGAAUCAGGCAGAAAUAGAGUUCCGCCUGGCGAUUCUUACAUAAGCGAUUACAGACGACUUAAUUAAUCAAAUUAAGAUCUGUAAAAGUCAGAAGAAUCGUAAUUGAACGAAGUAUAGUUUGGUAAAUUAAAAUCACACAAAGUAUCUAAAUGAAGCGUAAAUUAAAUUGAAAGUAGGAAAAUAGAGUUCUGGCGUCGCGACGGCGAUGCGUCGGCGAUGCACUACAAUCCUGAGCAUUCGGGAGGAUUGUCGUGCUAUGUCCACGGCCUUGAAGGCUCUCCUUGGACAAAGACGACAUGGGUAAUCUCUAGAUCUUCUCACGAAGUCUAGAGAUCAAUGAAGUGGGUCAUCAAAUCGUCUCCGGUGGCUGUCAUCCGGCGGAGCAGAAAAAUGGUGACUUUGCGGCUCUCCAGCAGCUGUCACCUGACGAAGAGGAGCUAGAUGGAGGUGGGGCGCGUGUCAGGGAGCUUCAUCCUCAGGUCUGCACAGCAAGAGGAGGCUCUUCAUCGCAUCUGGUACGCUCUCAAGAGGUGGCGACUGGUCUCUCGGCGGAUCGUCCUCUUCCCGAUGACGGCUUGUUCGUCGAUCAAUCGGAGAUGA